AUGCCGCUCCUUUCGUCCAAAACUCUGAUCCAGGCACAUGCGGUGUUCCUGGUGGUAAUUGCCGGUUAUCUGCUCAAGAAUCCCGCCACCAUCACCGACUCCGACAUUGUCUUUAUGAUGGGCGAGGCCCUCCGAAUUGAUUUCCCCCCAUCCACAAACCCAACGACCUCACCCUACGUGAUUUGCUCCAUCCUCCUCUUCACCGCCGCUGCAGUCGACCUCGUCCUUCUCACAAGUCUGCCCUUCCACGAAGCGUUGAACGAUGCCCUGCCUUACAUUCGACCUCUGCGUAACUCCAACCUCCCAGCCGAGGAUCUGCAAGCUUUGGCGCGAUUGCCCGAGUAUAUCACCAAGUCAUUGACGAUGUAUUGGAACAUUUGGAUUGCUGUCUCCGCGGUUCGAUUCGCGCUCUACGGCGCUCUGUCUUUCUAUAUCUAUCAGGCUCGAGGAAACUUGGUCGAUUCGACAUAUGCUUCCAAGGCGGCACCUACGGGCUUGGCGCAGUUGAAGACCCGCGUGGUCUUUACUUUUGCGUUUAUGGAGAUGAUGGUGUGGUUCUGGGUGUUCUUCACGUGCCGCGAGGAGCGUCAGCAAAGAUUGUCCAAAAUGCUAGAGGAUGCGCGAGAGGAGGCUAACUAG